CUCGUGAUUCAUGAUACUUGGAAAGAUUAAACAUUUACCCAGUGUUCGAGUGUGCUCAACAGACAUUUCCUGAGGCCCAUGAUCGAGGUCCUGGGGGCAUUUCUCGACAUUAUCUCCAGGUAGAAACUGGGAAGAUGACGGAAAGAAGGAACUGAGCUCGGCUUUCAGGCUCUCAGACAAGCAGGGGGUGGAACGCAGCCGGAUUUCAAAGAGAAGCUUUACACCCCCCCUUCGUGUCUUUGCCUCCUUGGGUGGAGCACCUGCUACGGGUGUUCACUUUCCCUUCGCGCUAUCGUUCCUGCACAGACAACGGGCACUCUGCACCAGAAAGUCACCCGUGUUGAGUCAAAGUUCCCGGCAGCGCCACCCUCUUCGCGCCGCACCCUAGAUCCUAGCCGGCCGCCCCAGCCCUAGGCACUGCAGUUGUCCCAGCCCAGCGGCGGGCAGCUCCGAUAUUUAACUCCACGGGUCGCUGGCCGCAGACUCUCCCCUGAGGCUCUUCGGCACCGCCCCUACCACCACACGGCUCCUCUGAUUGGACGUGGCUGCGCCCGGCCGGCCAAUGGCUUGGCGGCGGCAGGUUCCCGGAAGUGGCGGCGCGGCCCGGGAAGACCUCAGUUUCCGCAGGCUGAGUCGGGGCCGGUUCCGCUGGCUUCGCGGGCGCUAUGAGUUGCUUCCAGGGACAGAUGGCCGAGUACCCAACCAUCUCCAUAGACCGCUUCGACAGGGAGAACCUGAAGGCCCGCGCCUACUUCCUGUCUCACUGCCACAAGGAUCACAUGAAAGGAUUAAGAGCCCCUACCUUGAAAAGAAGGUUGGAGUGCAGAUAUCAAUUGAAAUUGAAACUCCUACCCAGAUAUCGUUAGUCGAUGAAGCAUCAGGCGAGAAGGAAGAGAUUGUUGUGACUCUCUUACCAGCUGGUCAUUGUCCAGGAUCAGUUAUGUUUUUAUUUCAGGGCAAUAACGGAACGGUCUUGUACACGGGAGACUUCCGAUUGGCACAGGGGGAAGCUGCCAGAAUAGAGCUCCUGCAUUCUGGGGGCAGAGUGAAAGACAUCCAAAGUGUAUACCUAGAUACUACUUUCUGCGAUCCGAAAUUUUACCAGAUUCCUAGUCGAGAGGAGUGUCUGAGCGGAAUAUUAGAGCUGGUUCGCAGCUGGAUCACUCGGAGUCCGUACCAUGUCGUGUGGCUGAACUGCAAAGCAGCUUACGGGUAUGAGUAUCUGUUCACCCAUCUGAGCGAGGAAUUUGGAAUCCAGGUUCAUGUGGACAAAUUAGACAUGUUUAGGAACAUGCCCGACAUUCUUCAUCACCUCACAACAGACCGGAAUACUCAGAUCCAUGCCUGUCGCCAUCCGAAGGCAGAAGAAUAUUUUCAUUGGAAUAAAUUACCCUGUGGAAAUAUUUCCAAAAAUACAAUUCCACUCCACACAAUCAGCAUUAAGCCAUCCACUAUGUGGUUUGGAGAAAGGACCAGAAAAACAAAUGUAAUUGUGAGGACUGGAGAGAGUUCAUACAGAGCUUGUUUUUCUUUUCACUCUUCCUACAGUGAGGUUAAAGAUUUCUUGAGCUACAUCUGUCCUGUGAAUGUGUAUCCCAAUGUCAUUCCAAUAGGCACAACUAUGGAUAAAGUUGUAGAAAUCUUAAAGCCUUUAUGCCGAUCUUCCCAAAGUACUGAGCCAAAGUAUAAACCACUUGGAAAAUUGAAGAGAGCUAGAAAAACUCACCUAGACUCAGAGGAGGAAGAUGACCUCUUUGAUGAUCCUGUGCCGUUACCGCUAAGGCACAAGGUUCCAUACCAGCUAACUCUUCACCCUGACGUGUAUCUGAUGACUGCAGCUUCCCCAAGCAAGCCUGAACAAGAGAGACAAAGCACAGGGUACAAAGAGAGUAUGCACCCCUUUCCUUUGGCAAACUUUAUAGAAUGUGAAGAAUCCAACAGCGAAGGUGAAGAAGAAUUACAAACCCCAGCUUCAUCUCAAGAAGACCUGGGUGCUCUCACACAUCACCAGCAAAAGGCUGAUGUAGAAGUACCACAGUGGGAAGUGUUCUUUAAAAGAAAUGAUGAAAUCACAGAUGACAGUUUGGAAAACCUCCCUUCUUCCACAGAGGCAGGGGGCUCUCAGUCGCCAAAGAUUUUUAGUGACUCUGAUGGAGAGUCAACUCACAUCUCUUCCCAGAAUUCUUCUCAGUCAACACACAUAUCCGAACAAGGGAGUCAAGGCUGGGACAGCCAAUCGGACACUGUUUUGUUAUCAUCCCAAGAGAGAAACAGUGGGGAUAUUACCUUCUUGAACAAAGGUAGCUAUAGACCAAGAAUCAAAGAGAAUAUUCCUGCCUCUCAGAUGGAACAAAAUGUACUUUGCCCAAAGGAUACUUAUUCUGACUUGAAAAGCAGAAAUCAAGAUGCAAAUAUGGCUCCUAGUGUUGGAGAAAUAACCACUCGAAGCAGUGGGAAACACAUACCUGAGGAAAAAAGGCUACUAAAUUUUAGCACCAAUGCAGAUUCCCAGAGCUCCUCUGAUUUUGAAAUUCCCUCCACACCAGAAGCUGAGCUACCUAAAGGAGAGCAUUUACAGUAUUUAUAUGAGAAGCUGGCAACAGGGGAGAAUAUAGUCACUGAAAAAAGAAAAAGCUCAUUCUCAGAUACUUAAAAAUGAAAAACCUUGCAUUCUAGAGCAACCAGUAGAAAACCUACACAAAGAGGUAAUGGUCAGAAUCAUAAUGGACACGUCAGAAUGGAAUAUUUAAAAAUGUUCAUGUAACCUAAAACAAGGCAGUAAAGGGCAAAAAGAACAAAAAAUAGAGGUAAAAAGCAGAAAAUAAGGUAGAACUAAAUCCAAACAUCAAUAAUUACAUUAAGUGAAAGUGGUCAACACACACCAGAAAAAACCCAGGGAAAGAAACAGAACGUUUUUAUAUGCUGUCUGUAAGAAACUCAAUUCAAAUGAUGCAGGCAGGUUAAAAGUAAAGCCUGGAAAAAUAUAUCUAAAUACUUCCACUACUUAAAGCUGGAACGACUAUAUUACCAUCAGACAAAUUUCUCACAAAAGGUCCAGUUCACUAAGAAGACACAAUCCUACAUGUGUACGUUGCUGCAACAGCUUCAAAAGAGAGAAAGCAAAACCAAAGGAGAAACACUAAUGCACAGUCGAGCUGGGAAAUCUACCUGUUCCUCUAUCGGUAAUAGAAUUAGCACACAGGAAGUGAGCAAGGCUAUGGAAGAACUCCAUGGCACCAUUAACCAACUGCAACUGACACAGAACAUUCCACCCAACAGAGAAUGUUCUCAAGCGCCAUGGCACAUUCACCCUGAUAGAUGGCUGCAUCCUGGGUCAUAAAAACUCUUUAAAACAAUCAGCCCCUUAUUUAUCUCAAAAGGUCACUUCUGAAUGCUGGUUUGAACACAAAGGUAAAAUGAAAAGGAGAGAAAUUAGGACCCAAAAGAAAAGAAUGAAAUGGCAAAAGUGUGUGUUCUAGUUGUUGGAUUUCCUUAAAGUCUGUCAAUGGAUUAUGUUUUUAUACAGCUAUAUAUGUGGUUUAAUAAAGUUCUAUUAACAAAUAUUCAUCAACA